UUCUCUUUCAUAUAUUUCAUUAUCUCAAUCUAUUGCAUUUUCAGCUAUUUGUUUUACUGUGAAUAUCUGAUCCUGUGUACUUCUUCCCUUUCUGCAUCCACUCUGAGAUUCUUGUGGAGUAUUUUUUCUCACCGCUUUAAUCCUUCUGUACAGGACUGGUUUUCAUAUUUUUAUUGCGGCACAUAGAGGAUUUAUCCCCUUUUUUAGAUAUUGGGUCUAUUAAAGACGAAGGACGGUCCACACCUUAUUAAAUAAUUUGUAUUGUAUUUGUAUUUAUUGUAUAAUUAUUAUUUCUUCUCUUCUUAUAUUACCUAUCAUCUUCUUUAUCUCCAUGGCAUACUUACGUGGAGUGUUCUUGUAAUUUUUGCCCCCAUCUCUGCAUCAUUUCCUUGUCUGUUCUUAAUACCUCUCCAUUUGUGUUUUUAAUUUAUGUCAAAAGAUCUUCAAACAGAAAUUUAACAUUUUACCAUUUUAUUGGUAAAAUGUUCAGGUAAAAUAUUUUUUUGUUAACCGUUAUCAAUUUGAAUGCGCUUUUUUUAAAGAUUGUUAAAUGUAUUUUGUAUACAAAUUUUUGAAAAAAUAUUAUUUGAUCGCCCAACAAUAAUUUGUAAAUAAAAUAAUCAAACAACGGGGUCACCGUAACAUAAAUGAGCAUAAGACAAAUAACAUUCCCACUACUAGCCGUCUUUGUUUUAAAAUUUGCGUCACUUUUCUAUUACUCCAUCAUCAUUCCAGUUCAGAUGUGACACUGUAUAAAAGAUACAAAACGACUGUUUGUGCAUAAAGUUUAAUCGGUAGAUAGACGAUAGUUCCUGACUGGACGAUCACAAAAAACAUCCACUUGCGUGUGGGUCUAGGUUGAUCAAGUUUGUUCGAUCUGAAAGCACGUAUAACAAAGGGUCAUUACGUUUCCCCAAAAUUCGUGCUAUAAUAUUUGCUUUCGCAUAAAUAGACUGUUGCACACUAAUGAUGUUAGCUGUAGAAGUGCUGAAUAAUUUCACUCACUUAAAAACGAAGUUGCAAUGGCGACGAAACAGUAUAGUGGUUUGGUCAGAAAAAACAAACAAAAUACUUAUUUCUCGGGCUUAAUCCCAGUUAUACUGCUAUAAGCUCCGGUAAAAGUUAAUUAUAUCAUACAAAUCAUGGACCCGGUAGUGGUGUGCGAUAAGAACAGUGAUAUCAACGAUAAGGGUAGCGAUUCAAGCAAGAAACACAAGAUGGGAGCAAUGGGAAACGGCAUCAAGAGGUGUUUUUCGCAAAUGUCGAUGAUGGCCUCCAAGGCUACGUAUUCCGGAGAAGAAGCGUGGCAUCACACCUGGUCCAGAUACCGGCAAAGUCGAUUCAACGCUAGAAGGAUUCGAAAGCGAGUAGUGUUCAAGCACGGAGACUGCAAUGUGGUCCAGGGCAACGUUGCCAAACGACGAAGGAAGUACCUGCAGGACAUCUUCACCACUCUGGUGGACGCGCAAUGGCGCUGGACGCUGUUGGUGUUCGCGCUGGGGUUCUUGCUGUCCUGGUUACUCUUUGCCUCGAUCUGGUGGUUGAUUGUGUUUACGCAUGGAGACCUCAACCCGGAGAAUGCGAAUGCGACAAUACCCGUGGAACCAUGUAUAACAGGUGUCCGCAGUUUCGCUUCUGUAUUCCUCUUCAGUAUAGAAACCCAGCACACCAUCGGGUACGGAGUAAGGACAACGACCGAAGAAUGUCCUGAGGCAAUUUUCGUUAUGUGUAUACAGAGCAUAGCUGGUGUCAUGAUCCAAGCAUUUAUGGUGGGCGUGGUAUUCGCUAAGCUAUCUCGACCAAAAAAGAGAACGCAGACUCUGCUGUUUUCAAGAAACGCUGUGAUAAGCCAUAGGGACGGAGUGCCAUGUUUGAUGUUUAGGGUCGGUGAUAUGAGGAAGAGCCACAUCAUCGAAGCUCAUGUGAGGGCCCAGCUUAUCAAACACAAGGUUACCAAGGAAGGGGAGCACUUGCCUUUUUUCCAGACGGAACUAAAGGUUGGAGGUGACGGAGAAGAAGAUAAAAUAUUCUUCAUCUGGCCCACCACCAUAGUGCAUAAAAUAGAUAAGAACUCCCCGUUGUACAAUAUGUCCGCUACGGAUCUACUUAGAGAGAGGUUCGAAAUUGUUGUAAUAUUAGAAGGUGUAAUAGAAUCGACGGGAAUGACUACGCAAGCAAGAUCUAGUUACUUACCCUCGGAGAUUUUAUGGGGUCAUCGAUUUAAAUCGUUAAUUACUUUUAAGAAAGACUCUGGCGAAUACGAAGUUGAUUACGCGCUGUUCAACAACACAGUGGAGGUCGACACACCGCUUUGCAGCGCCAGACAGUUGGACGAACACAGAGCUCUAUUCAACAACGAUGGCUUGGAAGAAGAUUCGAAAUUUUUGACCAUAAAAGAACCCGAUCGCGUCCGAUCGGGUCUGUUUCCAUCAGUAAGAACCCAUUCGACCGACAGCCUUUCCAGCAUCGAUUCCAUGUUCAUUGACGACGGCCACAUCGAAAUGAAAAUCCCGCAUCGCAACGACAGCCAUUCGGAUAUGAAAAUGAGCAGGAUCGAUAGCCAUUUCGAUAUGAAGGCCAUGCCUCACAUCAAAGAAGACGAUAGCGCUAGUUGUACGAGUUAUAUAGAAAUGAAGAUUCCCCCUCCCACUCCUGUCGCGACGACGAAACCUCAGACUACCAACGCAUUAGCCAAUGGCAGGGCGCGUUCCUUAGACGAAACUGAUGGCAAACCUCUCGCGAACGGAGACGUAGCGCAGCAAACGAAUUACAAAAAAGCGGCUCACAAUCGCGACGAGCAGAAGAGUUUUCUAGAAAUCAAGAUUCCUCCCGUGAUCGUAACGGAUGCCGACGAGAGCGCCCCCUUGCUAAACGGCGACGUGAAGAACUUGAAUCACACGAUACAAGUGGUCUGAAGUAAAUUUGGAAUUUGGGUUUGCAAUUUUGCGAACGGUUUGUUUCCGAUAAAGUAUUGUAGUUUACGAUUUGUUUAAACAUAGGUCGUCAGCCUUGUUAUGUGGAAAUUAUUGGUGGUCCGGCGGGGAGAAAAUGCACUUUUUUUUUAAAUAAACUUCUACAGGCUACUUUAGCACUAUUUACAAAACUUCUGAAUUUCUUCUGCGUCGGUUGUUGUUGAGUCGAACUUGCAGACGUUUCACCAAUCAUCCUGUUGACUUUUUCAGAACAGUUUCAGUUAAGCUCUGAGGAAGCCAACAGGAUUAUUAGCGAAACGUCAGCAAGUUCGAUUUAUCAACAACCGACGCACCGACGCAAUAUGCACUUGUGUUUAAGUUUCCCUUUUUGAUGUACUUUUUGGAAAACAACUGAAACUCAAGCAAAAAUGUUAUGACGUAAUAUAAUAUACAGCCUGCUCAAUGUAAGCAUGGGAAUAUCGAAAACGAUAGAUUAAAUCAGAAAAAUUUUAAAGAAUUUCGAACGAUUUCAUCUUGAAUCGUUGCUGUGAACUACGAGAAAAUAUGAAAAGUUGCAUUGUCAAUUUUUUGCUGUAAAGCCCAAAAUAAAAAAAACAUGAUCGUAGAAAGUAUAAAAAAUUAUCAUCAUUUAUCAUUUAUUAUUUUUUCGCAGUUCAUUUAAAUUAAACGUUUUGACAAUUAAAUUAUCGUUACAAAUAAAAAAAUUGAUUAUUAGUUUGAUUGACAGCUUAACUACAAUUAAAAUACAGAAAUUAAUUAGAUACGUGGAUUGUUACGAGAAGCUGGGCAGAUAUAUUUAGUUACUUACCCUAAAAGAUUACCAUGAAAUAAAAAGAUUUUUGGAAGUUGAUAAGUUUUGGUUACUUGGUAAGUAAAGAAAUUUUCUUUAAAAUUUUUUACGUUAUCAAACAAUAAACUUUAUGCUGAGUCAGUGUAUUCCAUACGGCCCUUAGAGAUAUAGAGGUCCUGCCUAUGCCGAUAAGCAACUAUGAAAAAAAAAUUGAGAGAGAUUACAUUCAAAUGAGAAGAUUUUUUUUACAAGUUUUGGUUGGUUCAUUGGUUAUAGUAUAGCUCAAUUCCAAAAAAAUAAAUAAGCCACGCAAUGAGAAAACCAAAAAUAAUGUAUUGUUAGCUGUAAUAGAAGGCUCUACAUCAGUAACUAAAAUUUUUUAUUUUUUUUACGUUAUUGCCUUUUCAAUUUUAGACAAAUAAUAAACAUAAUGCUAGUUCAGUGUUAAGAGUGCGGAAAUCGCGGAAAAUGGGGCAAAGUGCAGGUUAGUGAGUGAAUUGUAGAAGCAAAGGCUGAAAAUUUAGAUCACUACACCAUCGAAUAUAGGGUUUACGAACAAUGGACUGUCAAAACUUUUGUUUUUCCGAAUGUCUCUUGAGGGCGAUAAUGGCCUACUAUAGAAAAGUCAAAUCUUUACGCCCGUAAGAAAAUUUAAAAAUCCUUGGUAUAUCCCGAAAAGAAAUAAAAAAAAAUCGGGUUUCGUUCUUCCUAAAACAGUGUUUUAAUAAUGUUUUGGCGUAUGCUGAGCCUUACAGACAAAGAUAGAAAAUUCUGCUUUUUAUAUUUUCUCGAAUUGCUCAGAAACAAUUCACGUUGGAAUGCCAAUUCAACUAGACACACUGUAUAACAUAAUAAAAAUACUAUUAACAAGAAAAGUUUCGUGUUUUUAUAAGGACCUUAAGAUUUUUUUGUAAAAAAUGUACAAAUAUUUGACACGUUGAUUUAAAAAAAUGUUUAUUUUUCGGUUUUGUAAUAUACAUAUACGUAUGUAUAAGCACCAUGUGAAUACAUAAUUUUUAAGAAACUUACACUCCAGGAGAUGAAAUUCAAAUGUCAUAACCCUUACGCUCGAGACUCAGAUAUUUUCUAAGGGAUACUUAUAAUUUAUUUUUCCUCUCAAAAUAUACAAAAACAUAUUUAAUGUAAGGUGUGAGUUUAAGUCUCGUUACCAGACAAAAUGCGAGAUGUCCAUUUUCACAAAAUCUUUAAAAAGUCAGAGAACAUAAUUCUACCCAUUACUGAACCUUGCGCUAGAGUUUUAAAAGAGUCACAGUUUAGAUUUUGGCAUGUUAGCCGCAUACAUUUUGAUCUACCGGGGUUAAGGUCGCAUCCCAAUUUUUUCGACUGCAAAAUAUUUUCGAGGAACGGUUAUGAUUGUUUUCUAAUAUACUGGUUAUAUAUUAUUAAGUCAAACAGAAAAGCGGCAGAUAUUUCUUUUUUUUCAUGGUAACUUCAACAUCAACUUUUAAAAAUUGAACUGAGGUGGCUUUUACUUGAUGAAAAUAAUAAAACAAAUAAUUUAUAAUAAUAAUAAUUAUUUAUUUUGCAUCAGUUCUUUGAAAUGUGAAAAAUUUACUUCCAUUUCUCCCUGACUGAAAUUUUUAAAUAAGUAGAUUGUCCAAUUAAAAUCGAUUGCCCUUUGAUAUUUUUAAACCAAGUUUAAGUUAACGCAUUGUUAGUAGAACGGCCAAUACUGAUUUGUGCGUACCUGUUUUUUUUUAAAUGAUUUUUCAAUUGUGAGUUGACUAAACAUCGCUUAACGUAAUGAUUGCUUUUAAUUAGAAACACCCCAGAUACCUUAGCAAUUUAUUUGCAUUUUCUAACGACCAGUAUUUUUUGUUAUUGUUUGGUCCGUUAUGUUUAUGACAAUUAGCCAUUUUCUACGACAUUUCAUUUGUUAACCUACUAGAGACCUGACUUUUGUUUUUGACCAUAUCUCCUUUUAACCCUAACCCUUAUCUAUCUAUCUCUCUAUCCAUAAUUGUUCCCAGUGAAAUAAACGUCUCGAAAUGAGCAGCAACUUAAAUAAUUAAGUUUUUGAAAAACUCCCGGAUUUUCCGAUUUACCAAGAUGUACUUAAUUAUAUUUUCCGUAAUUGUGUAUAUAGGCACAAUAUUGAUAAACACGAUUUUAUCAACCUGUAUUGUAUUGUUUAGGUAAUUUAAAAACACUGUAGAAACAUAUUGUUGUUGACCAUUUUGUAAUUUAUAUAAUUAAAUAAAAA